UCAAUGGGAAGCACGCGAGACGGUGGCAAAGCGAGUUACGGUCUACAGUGAAUCUACGGCUGCUACCAUGCUCUUCACGUCUCUCCCGUGUCUGUGGAUUACAUUUUGCCUUCAUUUAUGCUGUUUUGUAGACAGCGGGGAAGCACAGAAUGCGAAGGAAGUGAUUCUGCUGGACUCCAAGGCACAGCAGACAGAACUGGAGUGGAUCUCCUAUCCUCCCAAUGGGUGGGAAGAGAUCAGCGGCUUGGACGAGAACUACACGCCCAUUCGCACGUACCAGGUUUGCCAAGUCAUGGAGCCCAAUCAGAAUAACUGGCUUCGGACUAACUGGAUAGAGAAAGGCAAUGCCCAGAGAAUUUUUGUGGAACUGAAGUUCACCCUGAGGGAUUGUAACAGCCUACCUGGAGUAGUGGGCACGUGCAAGGAGACGUUCAACUUGUAUUACCAGGAAACUGAUUCAGAGGUGGGCAGGAGCUUACGGGAGAACCAGUAUGUUAAAAUAGACACAAUAGCGGCGGAUGAAAGCUUCACUCAGGGUGACUUGGGCGAAAGGAAGAUGAAGCUGAACACAGAAGUGAGAAUAAUCGGCCCCCUGUCCAGGCGGGGCUUCUACCUGGCCUUCCAGGACGUCGGGGCGUGCAUUGCACUCGUCUCUGUCAAAGUGUAUUACAAGAAGUGCUGGUCUAUCAUCGAAAACCUGGCCACGUUCCCAGACACCGUGACGGGAUCGGAGUUCUCUUCGCUGGUGGAGGUCGAGGGCAUAUGCGUGAGCGACGCGGAGGAGGAGGCCGACAACUCCCCGAAGAUGCACUGCAGUGCCGAAGGGGAGUGGCUGGUGCCUAUUGGGAAAUGUAUAUGCAGAGCUGGAUUCCAUCAGAAAGGGGACGCGUGUGAACCAUGCGGUCGUGGUUUCUACAAGUCAUCCUCCCAGGACCUUCAGUGCUCCCGUUGUCCGGCGCACAGCUUCAACGACCGUGAGGGCUCGUGGCGCUGCGACUGUGAGGACGGCUACUACCGGGCACUCUCUGACCCACCAUCUGUGGCCUGCACGAGACCUCCCUCAGCGCCACAGAACCUGGUCUACAACAUCAACCAGACCACCGUCAGCCUGGAGUGGAGCCCGCCUGCCGACACCGGUGGCCGUAACGACGUCACCUACAGGGUUAUUUGCCGGCGUUGCAGCUGGGAACCCGAGGAGUGUGUUCCAUGUGGGCCCAAUGUGGGAUUCUCACCCGCUCAGUCAGGAUUAGUGGACACUUAUGUGACCAUCAUGGACCUGCUCGCCCACGCUAACUACACUUUUGAGGUGGAGGCUGUCAACGGGGUGUCAGACCUGAGCCGCACGCAGAGACUGUUCGCUGCUGUUAGCAUCGCCACUGGACAAGCAGCUCCGUCCCAGGUCAGCGAGGUCAUCAAGGAGAAAGUGCAGCAGCGCAGCAUCCAGCUCUCCUGGCAGGAGCCGCACCAGCCCAACGGGGUCAUCACCGAAUAUGAGAUCAAAUACUAUGAAAAGGAUCAGAAGGACCGGAUCUAUUCCACGGUGAGGUCCAAGUCCACGUCGGCCACAGUGAACAACCUGAAGCCCAGCACAGCCUACGUGUUCCAGAUCAGAGCCUUCACGGAGGCCGGGUAUGGCACCUAUGGGCCCAGACUGGAGAUAACCACCAAGGAGGAGACCACAGCUGCCAUCGUGUCCAGCGAGCAGAACCCGGUCAUCAUCAUCGCGGUGGUGGCCGUGGCGGGGACCAUCAUCCUGGUCUUCAUGGUGUUCGGCUUCAUCAUCGGGAGAAGGUACGCUCUCGCGGGCCCCAUUGACUCUCCGCUCCUACACUGUGGGUACAGCAAAGCCGAUCAGGAAGGAGACGAGGAGCUCUACUUUCAGUUUAAAUUUCCAGGCACCAAAACCUACAUCGACCCCGAAACCUACGAGGACCCGAACAGAGCCGUCCAUCAAUUUGCCAAGGAGCUGGACGCCUCUUGCAUUAAAAUCGAGCGGGUUAUCGGAGCAGGAGAGUUCGGGGAGGUGUGCAGCGGUCGCCUCAAGCUGCCCGGGAAGAGGGAUGUGUCGGUCGCCAUUAAGACGUUAAAGGUGGGCUACACAGAGAAGCAGAGGCGGGACUUCCUGUGCGAGGCCAGCAUCAUGGGGCAGUUCGACCACCCCAAUGUGGUUCAUCUGGAGGGAGUGGUGACGAGAGGAAAGCCGGUGAUGAUCGUCAUCGAGUACAUGGAGAACGGCUCAUUAGACGCUUUCCUCAGGAAACACGACGGUCAGUUCACAGUCAUUCAGCUGGUGGGCAUGCUGCGGGGAAUCGCAGCGGGGAUGAGAUAUCUCUCCGAUAUGGGAUACGUCCAUCGAGAUCUGGCUGCGCGGAACAUCCUUGUCAACAGCAAUCUCGUAUGUAAAGUGUCUGACUUCGGCCUGUCAAGGGUGAUAGACGACGAUCCCGAGGCUGUCUACACAACAACUGGGAAGAUGCAGGAUGUAAUGAAUUUGAUCUUUACCCCAGCCACUGACCUGCAUUUUACUGAACAGGGUGGAAAAAUACCUGUCAGAUGGACCGCACCAGAAGCCAUACAGUAUCGUAAAUUCACCUCUGCAAGCGACGUGUGGAGUUAUGGCAUCGUCAUGUGGGAGGUCAUGUCGUACGGGGAGCGGCCUUACUGGGACAUGUCCAAUCAAGAUGUCAUCAAGGCGAUAGAGGAGGGCUACCGUCUUCCUGCCCCGAUGGACUGUCCUCCAGGCCUGCAUCAGCUCAUGCUGGACUGCUGGCAGAAAGACAGAGCCGAGCGGCCCAAAUUUGAUCAGAUAGUCGGCAUCCUGGACAAGAUGAUCCGCAACCCUAACACUUUGAAAACCCCAGUGGGAACGUGUACAAGACCAAUUAGUCCGCUGUUAGAUCAGAGCACACCAGACUUCACCGCUUUCCGCUCAGUGGGAGAGUGGCUGGAAGCCAUCAAGAUGGAGCGAUACAGAGACAACUUCACAGCAGCUGGCUACAGUUCCCUGGAAUCUGUGGCCAGGAUGUCAAUCGAGGAUGUGAUGAGUUUGGGGAUCACGCUGGUGGGCCAUCAGAAGAAGAUCAUGAGCAGCAUACAGACUAUGAGAGCGCAGAUGCUGCACCUCCACGGCACGGGUGUCCAGGUGUGACGGACCGCCGCCAUCCGCGCCGCAUGGGGCGGAAAACAAAACGCAGAACUUAACCUGGAGCAGACGUAACCGGGAUAAUCGUUAACGGACAUGUGUCAUGUCUGACUCUUCCGGCCGUGUCUGGAGUGAAAUCAUUCCUUUGUUCCUCAGUGAAAGACUGUGGGCCUCCUCUGCAAAGGGCACUACAGAGAGGAGAAGGGCAAAAAACUGCUACAAAAUGGAGAAACUACCUGGAUGAGAAGACUUCCUUUUGGGUUUCUUUUCCCUCUGAAGCGCUUAUGAACUCUACCACAUAUCAAAAGGCACAGGAGAGGGAGUUUGAUGAUCAUUUCUUUAACUUAGCGCACACCAUGGCUUUGGAUUUCCUUUUACAGGAACAAAAACUCUUCUAGCUGUGGUUUCACCCCUUCUUUUUUCUAAUUUGUACGUUUCCUGGAUGUGCUGUGGCCCAAACAGCAGUUUUUAUCUCUUCUCUUUUGACUUGACAACAGGGUAAACUCUUAUCCAAACACGGAGGAACUUUAAAGGUACAAACACAUGCUGGACCGUUUGCAGUGACUUGUGUUCUUGUGCUGUUGAAGUGGUGACCUCACAUGCUCGUUUUACGCCUACAAGAGUGGGUUUUCAAAAAGUGGUUUCUCAUUUUUUAUCGACGAAAUUUCCGAAGAGUGCAACACAGAGGAGACACAGGAGUGCGAACCGUUCUUCGAAUCACCAGACUUUUCUAUAAGAGUAGCAAUAUCCUUUGUCUUGUGUUCACUACAGGAGAAGCAGAGUGGAAUGUUGCAGCACUGUCGAACGAUUGUAUUGAAAAUCGAUGCUACCGCAAAUUGUUUUGCCAUCAUUUUUGCCUAAAAUGUUGCACACAGUGUAUGUUUUUUAGCUGCAAAAACAAUUCCUAAGGGUGGAUCUGAGAAAACUUUAGACGUUCUACUGCCUUAAAUGUGUUAGAUUAAGUAUUGCCUCUAUUUUAGGCACUUCUAUGGCAAUGCUUUCUGCGGUCCAUUUAACGGGUGGACGAGCUCCCUAUUUUUUCUUGUAGUGUGAUGUCUUUUUAUCUGGAACUUGAACUGGUGUGAUCCAAUGCACGGACACGGUUUAAUGCCACGAGUGACACAGUCGGCGAGGAAGAGGUGGACUUAUCAGAGCAAUAAUUACCAGGUAGGAGUGGCCCUCAUGUGAGGUUUUUAAGGUGCUAGGUUCUAUCGUAUGCGUGUGCUGUACUGAGACAAAAUCUUUGGAAAAGGAAAGCAAAAGGAAAUGUACCUCUCUGACCUAAAAAGUGCUCAGAAAACUGCCGUGCAAAGUCAUCAAAUGAAAUAAUCAUGUCGUGUUUUGCCGCUAUGAUAUGCUAAGUCUGAUGGAAAUCUGACACGGCAUGGAGGUGUUGAAUUGAGUGGCUGCAGAGAUGAAAGAGGCACCUACAAAGGUGCCAAUUAGCCAUGCUGACAUCAUCUUCUGACAUUGCUGUGCCGCCCUGAAAUCAAAGAACCCCUUCAGGGUCCGGGGUCCGGACCAAAACGACAGAGCCCAAGUCAGACGUGCCGUGCGCCCCGGCUUUGCUGCUUGCCUUGUUUAUUCAUGCAACUCCGCCGCUCAUCCCUCACAGGCGUAGAUGUGACUGAACAUGCAUUAAAGUGUCUCUUAAGAUUGCUCCUCUUUUCUCCGUGCGGCUUUGUAUGGAGAGCCGAGAUGAGAGGGGCUUUGCAGAAGAUGUGCUAAAAGCCAAUCAACCUAUUCAGUGCCAUCUGUCUCCACCUCAAACGCAACAACAACAACAACAAAACAGAGAAAGUUUCCAGGUUGAAUAGUGCAGAAUGCAUUGAUAAGGAGAUUCAGCUGUCAUAUAUUGAGGAGUGCUCUGCACAAAGAACACCACUAUAAUCUCUGCUGCUAAAACCUGGGUAAUAAUCUAUGUGUUUGAAGUCAUUUCUUUCAACUUUUUCAUCUUGGAUGCACAAGAAAACAUCUCCACUGAUGAGCACUGAAACCAUUAGUAGCUCUGUUUACUCUCUGCAUUUACAUUAAGCCUGCUUCAUAUAAAAACAUGUUUUUCUCUCCAUUUUGGCCUCCACUCUGCACCUGUGUAGAAACCAUCUCCAGCAGGAUCCUUCUUAUAGAAAGGCAAAUAAGGAAGAUACAAGCCUGCCUCGACAUUUUGAGUAAAAUCCGUCCCCUCAGAUGGGUUGCCUUAGCCUUGGAUGGCAAACCUGCACGGCUGCAGAGACAGAUAUGUUUCUGUAUGAUUAUAAUACGUACAGAAAUGACAUCCUGUUACAUUGUGGGGGCACUUAAUGAGUCAAAAUUAUGUAAGGGCACUUUACAGAUUUUUUUUUUUUUUUUUCUGCCCUUCCAGCUGAAGAGACACGCGAAGCAUAGGAAGAGAGAGUGCAGGCAGGCAUGCACCAAACAGCUCCAGGAUCAGAACAUCCUGGGACCACUGCAUCUCUGUUUAUGGGCGCCUGCUUCACCAUAUGAGCUUAAGCUGCGGGAUUUGGGUGCUUAAGACAUGUCAGAAACAUUGCCACUGCAAAAUCAACAACAAUGCAUUUUUGGAGUGGACUCACAAGUCAUCUUUAAAGCAGAAAAAGUCCAUUUAUAGGGGAAUUUAGAGGAAGAGGUUAACUUUUUAAUAUUCUCAAUUCAUUCAUAAAAUUCCUUACAUCAUGUAUAUAACAAAGCAUAAUGUCUACACAUUUUUCACUGCCUUAAGUAUUUACUUAAAUGCUUGAUUUAUCGCAUAAUAUCAAAAGUUAAUCGUGAUUAUUUACUUUUUCAAUUGCAUGUUUAAAAUCGACUUGUUUUGCAUUUUAAAAUGAUAUUUUAGCCUCAUGUGCGAUGGCUGAAAUGCAAACUUUGUGGGCAAAUCUGCAAGGUCAGGGUACGUCCUAUUAAAGUGCUCUUGUUUUCAACAAACAGACAGUAUUUAGUGUGAAAGGACAUUAAGAAGAGUUAAGAUGCUUUUAAAACCUUGCAGUUACAUAAUCAUUUUCAAACCUAAUAGAGUUCACUGGAAAAAAAAACACCUCAUUGGAGGUUUUACUUUACUGUGAGUUUUUUAAAAUAAAAUCAUCAGUAGUGCCUGAAUUUUGUUUGAAGAAUAAUGGCUCAUAUUUUUAAUUCAGUCAUUUUAAAUUUCAUUUUUAAAUCCAUAUUGACAGUACAAAUCAAUUCUUUACAGUUACACAUUCUUUUGCUGGGCAUAUGCAGGAGUGCAUGUACAAAAUGACUCACUAAUGCCUAGUGAACCCUGGUGAAUGUGACAGCAUUUACUAUUUUCAGGAAUUUACUUUUAUUUAUGUUCUCUCGGUAGGUAACCUGGUUAGGUUAACAAUUAAUCCGAGAGAUUUUCUCGACAAACUGUUCUUUUUAAUGCUUAUACUUUGAAAAUUGCCCUGUCUCAUGCUUUACUUCAACUUUGGGGAAAAACCUGCUUUUGAUUUGAAAGGAAAUGAGGAACUUCUGGUUGAUUAAAAGCAACACCAGCUUAAUCAAAAAGCUAAAAUGACUGGACAGUGAUAGAAAAGUGAAUAAAAUAGCUAAAGAAAACAGUUAAAAACUGAAAUGUUUGACAACUCAUAGUAUAGAUGUCUUUUGACUUGUUCUCUGAGCUGUCUGAGGGUUUUUUUUUGAGUGAAAUGAGACUUUAAAGAGCAGUGGUCUGUUUGUGUUACACCACUGUGGGAGCAGGAAGAUGCUACAGUGAGAAGUUUAUGUUUCCCGCUACAGUAGCUGAGCUACAGUAGGCCUUAAAGGAGAAAUAUACAUUAAAUAGCUAUUAAAAAGAUCAGUGACCUUACUAUGGACCUUAAAUGCAUUGCAAUUGAUGCAUGCUGACAGCCCUAGCUAGAGUACAAGGCUUAAGAUUGAAAUGAAGUAUUUUCAUCAUCUAUUACAAAAAGUUAUUACACUAAUUCAAGUGUAAAGUAAUUUCAUGUGUGUGGGAAGCUGGUAAAGAUUAGGCAUCCAAAGUGGUCCUAAAUAACUGCACCCAAUUUGUUUUAUCAUACUAAUCAUAUGCUCUUUUGUUGAAGCAUAUCAUUAGUUUCAUAGCAGCAUUCAUCCAUUAAUUGCAAUGCAAUUAAGGUCCAUAAUAAGGACAUUGUUUUUUAAUAGGAAUUUAUUGCAUAUUCCAUUUCAGAUCAAUGUGGACUUAUUCUAAAGUGACUUAAAUAAGUUCACCACUGCUCCUUAAUGUCUCAUUUCACAUUCAGCUCAGUGGAAAAGUCAUAAUACAUCUGAACCAUGUCUUAUCAAAAUUUUGUGUUUUUACCGUUCUUUUAAUUCCCUUUCAAUCCAUAACAAGUUCCUUUUUUUAUGGUUAAAUCCAUGCCACAUUUAAUCUGCAGUUUCUAAUUUUCUGUCAGGUCUAUAUACAAACAGGAAGUCCAUUAGACUAAGUUUAACAAAAAAAAAAAAAAAAAAAAAAAUGAAGCAAAAAUGGUGGAAUUUAAAAAUGACACUAAAAGCAGAUUAAUCACGAUUAACUACAGAAGUUCUGAGAUUAAUUGAUGUUAAAAGUCAUUAUGGUUUGGCAGCCCCACUUUUAACCUAACCAAGUGGUUGGGUGCCAAAUCCAAGCAUUUUUCCAUUAGGUAGAUGCUGUAAAGUGUUAUUUUACCGACAGUAUUUUCAUCCAAACAGCCUUCUUUUUCUGAAUGUCACCUGUAGUUUUAGUGCCUAAACAACCACACAGGUCUAUCGCAUUCAAUCUUCAUCUGCUGUAUUUAUGUAACUUUACAGACUCUUUUAACACAAGUUUUCACACUUAGCCUAUCAGUUUUUGUGCCUAAACAUGACCAGGUAGUUUUUUUUCAUUAUGUACAUAUGUAACAUAGUUAAAGUUCACAUGGGUUUGUGAGUUCACCAGGCUGCAGCUUAAAGACGAUGCUGACCUCGAGCUCCUUUUCUCCCUCCUGGAUUUUGCAGUGGUCUUGUUUCUUUGGACUUUGGAGGUAGUUUUCACUCGUUAUGUGCCACCCGGUGUAAUGUGGUCUAACAUUUCUGUGGGCUGUUGUUCUGCUGUCCAGGAGAUUAGUAAAGACAAAGAUCUUGAUGAAGAAUUACCUUGAGCAGAUCAUUAAGAUGAAUGUCUUACAGUGUGUCAGGUUUAUCCAGCUUAGCGUGGCCGUGGAUCCAUUUUCGCUGUGGGACUCACCUUUGUGAGGAGACACCAGGAAUCAGUCCUGGCCAGCUUUGAGCCCCCAUGUCACCCCCCCACCCCCACCCCUCCCUUUAUCCAUACAGCAGAGCUCAGCAGUUGGGCCUUGGCCAGACCUUUGAAUUGAAUACCGGCAUAAAGUCAUUCAGUCAGCACAAAACUCCCCCUGUUCACAAGCAGCGCACUCCCUCCCUGCUCUGAUUUUAAAACCGGGCCCCUGGAGGCCCCUCACAACCCGGGGCAGAGAGCCUCUGUCCUGCUUUCUUCCCUUUUUUUUUUUCCUGCGCUGGAGAAACAGCAGUUUGAGCCAAAUUGAGAUUAAGGCCAGGAUACAAUCGAUUCCACGUCCGAAUCACCUCUAACCUUCACCGAGAAAAAGUCACUUUACCGUCUGUCUCAUCCACAUUUUGAACUUCAGGUUGCUCAACUCUGGAAAUAAAACUUUUGUUGUGACUAUUUCAGCAAAAACACAAAAAAGAAUAAAAAAUACAAAAAGACAAAAAAAAAGAAACCAACAGGAUGUAUAGGGUCAGUUGGAAUCAGGAUUAGCAGAUAGAGUCAGAAGUUAUUUUUCAAAUCUUGGUUCAGCGGUUGGAAAUUGGCGUCACCGCUUUGGCGAGGUGGUGGAUGAUUCCAAAGAGCGCAGCACUGUUGAUUGUGUCAGAACGAGCCGAGAUUUGAGGGAAUCUUUGUAUAUGUUUAAUUGUAAAACUUGUACAUUUUAUUUAUAUUGUUUUUUACACAUAUUACUCAGUAGAGCUCUGAAUACAUUGAAAAUGCACUAUAUUUUUCUAUCUCGCAGAUGAAUUAUUGUCACCCACCAGAUUUCAGUUGUACAUAAUUUUUCAUUUAGGACCAAAGACGGCUGAUAGGAUUUCCAUCUUUACUCUGACCUUGUUUGGAUUUUUGCCUUUUAGUUGGUUGUACAGUGAAACAAAUUGUCGAUUUAUUAUUUAUUUUUCUGUGAUGAAAGUAUUGAGAUUCACUGGUAUUUUCCCCAACAGCAGAACUGUAAGAUCAUUUACUUAGACGAUUUCUUGUUACAUAGACAAUUCUUUUUGCUUUGUAACCUUUGUAAU